AUGGAGAACUCGACGCAGCCAAAAAUCAUUGGAUCGUUGCCACCCCCUCCAGGAGUCGUACCCAAUUUCAUCGACCCACCGGACCAGACCACAAGUCUUGUUAUAGUACAUGCAAUAUGCCUUUUUCUAGUAACCUGUUGUGUUGCCAUGCGCCUGUAUACCCGUCAAUUCAUCACGGGCAAGUAUGGUUGGGAUGAUUAUUUUUGUCUACAAGCCUUUGCUCUGACAAUUGCAUUUUCGACUUGCCAGAUCACCGCUGAUGCCCGUGGGUUUAGUCGACAUCUGUGGGACAUACCACGGAUGGAAUUGGCGAGAGCUAUGAAGCCCUUUAUUGUUGGAGUUUUCGUGUAUAAUCUCCUCCUUGGAAGUAUCAAAUUGAGUUGCCUCUUUUUCUACACCAACAUCUUCUCCCGGGGCUCGAAAACCCUGCUUGCCGUCAAGUUUGGAAUCGUCUUUGUCGCCGGCGCCUACCUGGGUAUCUUCUUUUCCGCGGUUUUCGAAUGCCAUCCGCUACAGCGAAUGUGGGACCACCGUAUACCGGGUCAUUGUUUUGACGCAAAACCUUUCGCAUAUGCCGGGUCCGUUAUUAAUGUUAUCACGGAUCUGUUCGUCUUGACGGUACCUAUUCCGGCAAUAAUGAAAUUGCCACUGGGACUCGCCCAUAAGCUGAGAGUGAUUGGCGUAUUCAGCCUUGGCCUAUUUGCCUGCAUUGUUAGCUUUGUGAGAAUUGCUAUGCUGGUUUAUAAUUAUCGCUCCAAGGAUUUCACCUGGAAUUCUAGUCGGGUCGGCACGUGGUCCAUUCUCGAAGCCGAUGUGGGAUUAAUCUGUUCGUGUUUAUUCGUUCUGCCUGCUUGCCUCAAGCAUCACGGAAUAUCAGUUGGCGUGACCUCAAUCAUCAGCCACUUGCUACCAUCCAGCUUUACCCGCGAGGCCGGCACAGCUAGCCCUUCUUCCAGUGUACAACCUGCUCAAAAUUCUUGGUGGUCGAAUAACGGAAAUCGGUCAGAUGAUUUGCACUUGUGUGAGUCGACUGAGUAUAAACCAGAAUAUCAUCCUGGAACCCGGCCAUCAACCCGACCAUCACUUUCACAAAGUUCACGACUUUCAUGA